GCCCUGAUCCUCGCGUCCAAGGAGGGGCACGUCGCGCUCGUCUCUUCGCUCCUGGGCGCGGGCGCCUCGGCCAACCCUCCGGACUCCGGGUCGCAUUCGGCGCUGCGAGGCGCCGCCAUCUUUGGCCACGCCGUGGUGUGCGAGGCGCUGCUCGACGCGGGAGCGAGGCCCAACCUCACCAGCGCUGGCGGCCGGACGCCGCUUAUGGGCGCGGCCAUGCACGGGCAUGCAGCCGUCGUCGAGCUCCUCUGCCGGCGCGGCGCAGAU